AUGAAAAAAUAAAAAGAAUAAAACUUCUUGAGAAAAUACAUACAAACAAACCUAAGAUUAUUAAUAGUUAUACAUUAAAAGUAGUAUAUUAUGUAUUAGACACUUAAAUAUGCUUUUUUUAUUUUAGGAUAAUUGCAGAGUGCAUUUUUUUACAUAUAUCCCUGUUAUAAUGCCUCCUUUAAGAUAUAUAAUUAAUUUAUAUUAAUAUACCUAAUAAGACCAGAUUUAAUUUGGAUUGAUAAUUAGAUGAUUGGUAUAGAAAAUAAAUAAUUGUUUUUACUACCAUUAAUUUGUUGGUUAUUUUUCGAUAUUUUAGUUUUAUAGGGAUAAGUUAUUUAUUAAAUAAUCAAUAGGAAAUACAAUGACAAUCAAAGCAGUUAAAUUAUAAUUUCUGGGUCUUUUUAAAAUAUGGUAAUAAAUUUUAAAUCAAUAUAUUCUCAAAUAUUUAUAAUUUACCUUUAUAUUCCAGCUUAAGUCUUAUCAUUUACAUCAUUUGGAGUUUCUGAAGGAAUCAUAAAUAUUGAUAUCUCAAUUUUAAGUAUAAUUACUGUUAUAAUUACCCUACUUAAUCAAAUGAUUAAACUCUAUGUAAGUAAUACUUGUUUAGAUUUAACAAUUAAAGGAUAUGAAAGGUUAUACUUUACAAAAUUUGAUUUUUUUAGAGAAUUAUUUAUUCUGAUAUAAUUAAUACUUUUUGGAAUCUUAACUGAUUUUUAGAAAGCGUAAAUAAUAUAAGGAAUUUUAACAUUAUUAAUAAGUUUAACUUAUAUUUCUAAUGUAAUAAUAGAUAAAUCUAUCAUAAUUGAAGGUUUUACAUAGAUUAUUUUGAUAAUUCAUAUAAGUUUAAUAUCAAUAAUAACUGCAUCUCUAUUUUAUCAUUGGCAAUUAGGAUUAAUUUUAAUUCCAUUAGGUAUAUCUGUUAGUUGCACUUAUCGUUCUAGAGUAAUAAUGGAUUUAUAUCAAAGUAUAAGGAUAGAAAAGAAUGUUUAAAAAAUAAUACAUUAUAUAUCAUAUUAAAUAAAUAAUAAAUCAAGAAAUUUGGAAAGAAUAGAUUAAGUUUCAUAAGCUAUAUUAUUAUAUUAACAUAGACAAAAAUGUAAUGAUUACAAUUGUCAUUGUAAUUUUACAGGGGAUUAUACUGAUAAUCCAAAGAAUGUUCUAUUUUUAUCUUAAAAGUUAUAGAAGAAAUUUAUAAUAUAAAAGAUUAAACAUUGGAAUAAAGAAUUGAAUUAAAAGAGAGAUUUAUCAUCUAAUAAUACUUGUGUAUUUUAUAUAAGUGCAUUAAAUCAUUUUGGAUUCACUACUUUAGCUUUUUAAGAAUGUAAUCGUUUAUUAUCAUUAUCUGUACAUUAAAAUAGGGGAUUUUUGAGUCAUAGUGAUGUAAAUUCAUUAUCUUAAAGUCAUUAAUAGAGUAUUCCAUCUUAAUCUUCUGAAUCUUAAAAUAAAGCUAAUCAAGCUAAAUUGUAAGAGAUAAAUGCUAAAUCUAUUGAAAAAUAAUAAAAAAUAAAAUUAAAUGUUAGAAACAAUAUUUUAGAUUUACUUUCUUAAAUAAAAUUGAAAAUUAUUAGUAAAGAUAUAAGAUUAGAAUUAUAGAAUAAUUUCUUAAAACAAUAAACAAAAUAAUAAGAAGAAAUAGCUGAAGCAAUAGAAUUGUAUUUAUAAAGUGAAUAAUAAAAUUAGAUUGUUAAACAUAAGAUCUUAAAAUGUUUAUAAUAAAAAUUCUAAUUUUAUAAUAUGAUACUUAAUAAAAAGGGAUUACGAUCUUAAUAAUUAUUUGAUACUGCAAAAAUAAUAUCAGAUUUAUUUUAUUAAUUAGAGAAAGAACUUUUAUUUUAAUAUUCACAAUUCCCAAGUCAAAAGAUUUAAUCUAUUAAUUGUUUCUUUUAAUCAGAAAUCCUUAAUAAUUAUUUAUCAGCAUUUAAAUUAUCAAAUUUUAGUACAAUUGCUGAUGAUAAAUUAAUUAAUAUGAAAAAGAAUUUAAAAAUUAAUUUAUUUGGUAAAAAUGUAGUUCAUAUGAUAUUAUAUUUAUCAGAUAAUUUAUAAACAUUAAUGAUAUCAUAAUUUAGUAAUAAUACUCAUUAAUUUUUAUCAUAAACUUAUGAUGAAUUUAUAAAAUAAAAUAAGAAUAUUGAUUUAUUAUUACCUUUUGCAAUAAGAAAUGAACAUUAUAUGUUAGUAUAAAGAUUUAUGAAUGAUGGAAAAUGUAAAUACUUUAGAAAUAUUGAUAUUAGUUUUCUUGAAUUAUAAAAUGGAUUUUUAAAACCUUUCAAUUUAAUUAUUGAUAUUGUAUUAAAUUAAACAGAACAUUUAUCAUUUGCAGCAUUUUUUGAAGAAGUUUCUCUUGGUAAUAGUUUCAUUUUAGUUGAUGUAAAUGGUGUAUGUGGAGGUAUAACUGCAAAUCUAUUAGAAAGAUCAGGCUGGAAAGCUUCAGAAAUCAAAGAAAAUUCAAAAUUAAUUAAUACUAUAUAUUAAGUAAAUAUCAAUUCUAUAAUACCUGAUUUUCAUGAAUUAAAAAUAUCUUCUAAAGACAAUAAAUUUUAUAAUGUGCAAAUUAAAUUAUUGAAUAAAAAAUUAUUGAUUGGAUAAGAAUCUCGUACAAUUUUAUCUUUUCAUGAUAUUUGGAAACAUCUUGAGAAUUAAACAGUAUAUAGAGGAACUAUAAUUAUUUCAAGUAGAGAAUUGUAUGGAUAUUAUUAUCAUAUUAUUGAAAUAGAGGAUUUAAGAUAGAAUUAAACAUUAACUCAUUUGUCUAAUUCUGAUGGAAAAGGAAUGACAACAUAAUUAAAUGAUUUAGAUAAUACAAAUGAAAUUGAAGUAAGUGAUUUAGAAGUAUCUUAACCAGAAGCAGAAAUUAAUAAACCAUAAUCCUUAAAUAUUUUUUAAUAAUCAUUAUCUGAAAUUUAAUAGGACUUUUAAAAUAUUUCAUUUUAAAAUCAUUAAAUACAUGUAGAGUUUGCUUAACAUUUAGUAAUUAAUAAAUAAUCAUUUGCUGAAAAUAUAAUUAAAUUAAAUUAAACAUUCAAUGAAUAAUCAUUUGAUAAUCAUAAAAAUAUAGAUAAUAACAGUAAUGCUGUAGAUAUUACUCCAAAUUAAAGUAUUCGUAAACUGAUUGAUACAAGCAAAUCUUUUGGAUAAUAAAAGUUCUUUAAUUAAGAAAUUCAGGAAUUAGAUUAAUCUAAUAGUAAAAUAAGUGAAGGGUUUUAAAAUUAGAUGAAGGAUGUAAAUCAAUUAUAUGAUGUAGAUUUAAAUAAAAUUGAUAAAGAGAUGAGAGAGAAUAUUAAAAUGUAAUUAUAAUUAGAAAUUGAUUAAAAAAAUUAACCUAAUUAAUAAGUUGAUGAUGCUGCUUCUUAAGUAUCUUCUUUAAUAGGUUUAAAGAAAUCUUUAUUCUAUAAAAAGUAUGAAUUAAUAAAUGGAAUAAUUGAUAACACAUAUAAACCUAUCUCCUAUAAAUUAUGUCAUAUUUUAUUCUUUAUUUAAUUGAUUUUAAUUGCAACUUAUAGUAUAAUUAUUUUAUAGAAUUUGAAUACUGAUUUUAAUAGAUUCAUUUAAGAAGUUGAUAUGCUUUUGUUUAGUUAUAGUUUUAUGACUCCUUUUGAUAUAUUUUUAGCUUUAAGAUUUUCCACUGUUUACUAUUAAGUAUAAGUUCCAUCUAGAAUGACUGCAGCUGAAAAUACUGUAUUAUCUGCUUGGUUAUCAAAUCAUUUAGGAGAAGGAUAUGAUGAUAUGAAGAGUAAUUUUUUAGAAUAAUUUUCUAAUCCAUAAAUAUUAGAUUUCUUUACUGAUUAAGAUUUUGAUGUUUAAUUUAUGAAAGAAAAUUCAACUUCAAUGGAAGUAAAGACACUUUCAUUCAGAGAAACAUUAAAUGUUUUAUUGUAAUAUUAAUAUCAAUUUAAAAUUGCAUAUUUAAAAAAGACAUCUUUAACAAAUUAACCAUUUUCUACAUAUCCAUAUUUUAAUUAUUUAGAUUUACAUGAUAAAUUUGAUAAUAUGACUAAUGAUAUUUUAGAUUAUACUAAAGAACGAAAAUAAAUUGUUUAAGAUAAUUGGUAAUCUAUAUGGAUUCCAUUUUUAGUAUUGGAUGCAUUAUUUAUGAUAGCUACAUAUUAUUAUUAUAAAUAAUAUCUAUCAAUUUAUGAAAGUUUUUUAAAUCUAUUUAAAUUUACUGAUGAAAUUUGGUUAAAUAGAGAUAUGGAAAGGUAUAAAAUAUUAAUUAAUAUUUUGACCAAAAAUUCAGAUGUUAUAUUCAAAUAUCAGUUUGAUUUAGAACAAAAGGAGAAAUUUAUGAUGGCUGAAAAAUACAAAAAAGAAUCUAAAAUAAUACAUGAUUUAAAAAAGAAAAAGAAUUAUUAAAAUUAUGAUAAACUUUCAACAAUUUAUGGACUUGUUGGAAUAUCAUUUGUAUUUUCAGUAUUCUUUAUACCUGCAUUAUUAAUUUAAUUAUAAACUAAUAGUUAUUUAUCAAAGUAUGUAAAUACAGCAGAUUUUUAUAAAUUUACAGGAGAUCUUUGUUUUUAAUUACCAGGCAUGUUUUCAUAAAGACAAUUCUUAUAUUGGUGGUCAUUAUAUAAUUUAGAUGUUAAUGAUAAACCAAGAAUGAUAACUAGAUUAUUUAAUGGUAUUGAUAAUUUAAAAUAAUUUGAUGAACAUGUACAAAAAUUUAAUUAGGAAGAGUAUUUAACAACCUAAAGUUUCAUUGAUAAAUUAAAUUUGCUUGUAAAGAGUCCAGUGUGUAAAUUUUUUACUGGUGAUCAAUAUAAUGAUUAUGCUUUCUAUUGUUCUAGAUCUUUUGAUGGAGCUUUAGAUAUGGGUCUGAGUUAAGCAUUGAUGUAUGCAGCAAAUCAAUAUAAAGUAACAUUUGAUUUGAAUAACUUUACUUCAAUUGUACAAUAUUUUAAAUAUGAAGCUGAAGGUAUGUACAUUAUGGUUAAAGGUAUGAUUGAAUUAGUAUCUUCUCUAAAGGAGGCUCUACUUUAAGCUACUAAUUCACAUAUGGAUUAAAUUAUUGGUUUAAGUAUUUUUCUGUUGAUUUUUCAAUUCUUCCUAUUUUUCCUUUAGUAUUUUAUACUACAUAAAUAUUAUACAGAGGAAUAUAAUUUGGUGAAAAGGUAUAUGUUAUUAUUACCAUCUUCAACAUUAUUAUUGGAUGAUAAUUUUGAAAGAAACAUUAGAAUAUUCUAUGCUUAAUAUUAAAAUUGA